AUGACUACGAACGGCUUCGGAGACGCCAGCUGGAUGUAUUUCAUCGAGCCAACCGACCCAGCGAAUGAUGGCUUCCCGGGUGCACCGAAGCCUGUGUUCCGUGAAUUCACGAGCAUCAAAACCGUGGAUGGUGCACUCGCUGCUCUCGUGGCUUAUUUCUCCGCCCUGUUCGAUGGCGAAAUCGCACCGCAAUUCAGCCUAUACAGUUACUGGGCAUUCUGGCAGUUCAUGCCUUUGUCGGUGCUAGUUGUGCUUGAAGGAAUGAGAGCUGGGAACAGGGGCAAGGUCGCAAGCUGGACGAGCACUAUGCUGUUCAUGGCUCAACUCCUCUCCUGGCAGUUUUUGAUGCCUCUCUGGGUGAUUCUGUACUUACUCACAUCUCCUAUCGCUAGAGGGCACUCACCUGUGCCGAGAUCAAGCCUGCUAGUCGAUCUGUGGGAUAUCACGGUGCUGCCUCUGACGGUGUUUCUGACAUUCAUGCUGCCGACCAUUGCCAUGUACCUACCUGCGUCGAUGGUCGACACGAAGUUUCAUUACGCGUCCAUCGCUUUCUGGCAGGCGUUUCCGUUAUGGCACUACAUACUGCACACCAGCUUGGCAUUCCUGGGUCACACUCUUCUCGGCGCACUCGACGGCUCCAAGCAAGGCACGAUCGUUCCGGCGAUAUAUCUUGCACGAAUUAGGGGGGUGUACGACCUAGUCUUCAUCGCUGGGAUUGUCGGACAGCUACCAAUCCUGUUUCUCGCACUCUCACCGCCCGGUCUCCUGUCUCCAGUUGCCAAUGCAUUUCCCUGGUUGGGGCAAUAUACCAACGCUGCGGUCAGCCUAUCGUCGGUCUUCCUCCCAUGGUCUCCUUUUAAUCAGCCUGCUGUGGAUCCCAAGACAAUCGGUUCGGGCGAUCUAGCUCCUCUCGCUGUGUUCUUCUUACACUACGAUAUGUAUAUCGGAUGUGGUGUGCUGCUAAUAUGGGCUAUAUUUCUCCACCCCAAUGCUGCGAAGAGUUAUAAUCUUGCGAGAGUCUUGAUCAAGCUCGCAGCCUGGUUUUCUCUCGGUGGUUUCUCAUCGGCUGUAGCGGCAUUACUUUGGGAGCGCGACCUGUACGUAUUGGAAGACAGCGAGAAGGCUGGUCAGAAGAAGGAGAUCUGA